GAAUUUUCUAACCUUUAACCAAUUUUUGUCGUUCUUUAAAAACGACAAAAUUUCACUUGUUAGAGAUGCCAAAAUGUCCUAUUUCCUAAAUGGCGAAAUAGGUUCUUCUUCAGCAAAUUUAAUAAGAAGAAAUAAGGAAAACUACCAUCAUAUGAUAACAGGCCAUGCCGAUCCUAUGGAUCUCUGGGGCAUGUAUUACUGGAAAGACAUUCCACAGAAUAACGCCACACUGUCAGAACCCGUAUACACCACACCACACUUGAUCCAUCACAUCAAUCCUGCUCUCAAGUUGAUCGUCAUUCUACGUGAACCAUCAGAAAGGACCUACAGUCACUACCUGUUCCGCCGUCUAGGUAACAGUGCGCGAGAAUUCCACCAUCACGCCGUGGGUAAUUUUACACUACUCAACACAUGUGUAAAAAACGUUGGCAGCAUGAGGGCUUGCUUGUUUAAUGAAUCGCUUUUGGAACAUUAUAAACGUUUUCCGAUCCAUGGUAGUUUUUAUUCCAUAUUAUUGAAGGAGUGGUUUUCAGUGUUUCCGAGGGAACAGUUCCUUAUCAUGCGCACCGAAGAUUAUUCCAGUAAUAUGACAUCCCAUCUACGCAAAAUAUUUAAUUUUUUGGAAGUUGAUGACAUAACAGAAACAGAACUAAACAAUAUGUCCAGAGUACCAGUACGAAGAAUAACAAAGCAUAAGAAAGCGAUAGGAAACAUGCUACCAGAAACUAAACUUUUCUUGUACAAAAUAUUCCAACCAUAUACCGAAGAGUUAGCCGAUAUGCUCCAUGACAAACGCUUUUUAUGGGAGGAGAACAGCAUCAUAUCGUCAUAAGAAUGAAUGUUAAACCUCGGUGUUGCUGUCAUGUUCUAAAAAUUGAAAUAAUAAAAAUCAAUGGACGAUUUUCUCAAUGGCUUGAAUAAUAGGAAGGCAUGUAUUGCUUGUUCAUUGAUUUCUAAAUAUAUGCACACUAGAAUACAAAUAUAAUUAUGAGUGCGAAGUACCAGUUGAAAAAAUUGUAUCUUCUGAGCCAGUGAAAAAGAAAAAAAACAAUUGCUGUAUAAAAACGUAGCUUGUUUUCUGCGCAUUUCUGAUUCCGAAUGUAUAUACAAUAGCGGAACAUCUCUUGUUCUCGAACAUUAUGUCCACUUACUCAAUGGAAGGUAUUUCAAAAGAGUCCAGAUUAUAGUUUCAAUAGUAACAUUUAAAUGGCUUUGUCAAAUCCGUAUUCAAUGUUAAGCAGAGAUUCAAUGACUUAUAAAUGAAGAGAGUACGAACAAAGCGAGAAGUGCUGCAGCUAUUUUGUCAUAAAAUGUAAGUCAGUCAUAGUCACUUGAGCGUUUGUUUCAAUUGG